AGAAACCCUACCUUAACCACACCGGUAAAAACAUCCGCAAAAGAAGCAAUAGAGAGAUUUGGGGAUGCGAAAGCAUCAAAUUUGCAUCAGAAACACGUAAUCGAACAAGACCAAGGGAGCAAUGGAUGAAACCAUUGAAGAACAUGGAAGAUCUCUAGCUGCUCCAAUAAUCUUCACCAUCGUUGUCGCAUUCCAAUUCAUUUCCAGAUUUAUAGAACAGAAGAAAAAGAAAGGAUCAAAGUCUGGUGUGGAGGCCCAAUUGCGCACAGAAAUUAAGCAAUUGUGUAAGGAGGCGAGCUCCAUGUCACAGCCUUCAACAUUUGCACAAGCGGCUAAACUUAAGAGGAUGGCACUAGCUAAGGAGAAGGACCUUGCAAAAAUUCAAGAAUUGCACAAGAAGGAGAUGAAAUUGUCAUAUGAUGCCUAUUUGAAGGGUCUCACAAUAUUAAAGAUUUUUACAUAUUUUUCGCUGAUUUGCUGGUUUUGGCGGAUCCCCGUGGCUGCUAUAUCUAAGCAACUUGUGGAGCCCUUUGGGAAGGUGUUAUCUUGGAGAGCAGGGAGUCCUUUGAGCGACAAUGUCAUGGUCGGGAUUAUACCAUGGUUGAUAUUAUCUACCAGAGUCAGCAAAAUUAUUUGUCGAAAGUUCUUCAACUAGAAGGAUUUGCUACUCUGAAGAAGAUAAAGAACUCGGGAGAAAUUGUUGUCAUCCAUUCCCUCUAUUUAUCUAAAUUCAUUGAUUUUGUUUUACUCGGGGUUUUGUAUGUACAAUCGUAAUGUCAAGAGAGUGGAAGACUACCCUCUCAUAAAAACUUUCUUCUUGUUUAUUUUUAUUAAAUGAAAUUCAGAAAAGCAAAAGUGAAGUUACGCUCCAUUUGGGCGGAAAACAUU